AUCAGCCCUAUAUUUGAGGAUGGUCAGAGACAGAUCGUAUCUAACUACCGGCCUGUCAGUCUAACUAGCAUUGUCGUUAAGUUGCUUGAAAAGAUAAUUUGGGUUAGUUUGCCAAGCCAAGUAGAUUCACACAAUCUGUUAGCUACUGAGCAACAUGGACUUCGUAACAGGCGUUCAUGCUUAACUAACUUGCUUAUUGCGAGAGAGGAAUGGAUAGCAGCCUUAGAUAAAGGCCUGUCUAUUGAUGUGAUAUUCCUAGAUUUUAGCAAAGCAUUUGACAAGGUUUCACACGUAGGUCUUAUGCAGAAGCUCACGAGCUCUGGAAUAAUAGGUGCUGCACGCGAGUGGAUAGGAAACUUCUUGUGUGACCGCGGACAGAGACUGAGGGUCAAUGGGACGCUAUCCGAUUGGAAGCCGGUCAAAGGUGUUGUACCCAAGGUUCCAUCUCAGGCCCUCUGCUCUUCCUUCUCUACGUUGAUGAGUUACCGCCGUUUCUUAGGUCGUCGACAUUAUUAUUUGCGGAUGACCUAAAGAUCUUGAAAACAAUAAAACGUGAGACAGAUCAUCUGGAUCUUCAAGCUGACUUAGACGAUUUGAUUAGAUGGGCUCAAGGUUGGGGCUUAGAAAUCAAUCCUAGGAAAAGUGUGCUAAUGCACAUCGGUCACGGUAAUAGUUACCAUGAUACUAUUGAUGGUAAACCUCCUCCAUGCGUUCAAGAACGUGAAGAAUUGGGAGUAAUAAUAAGUCAUGACUUGAAAACAACUACGCAUCGCAACGCAGCCGCUGUCAAAGAUUUUCGUGCGGCAUGGUCACUUCGCCGAGUGUUCAAAUAUUUUGACAAGGAAAUGUUUCGAAUUUUAUAUCUCACUGCUGCAUCUAAAGCCCAAGCCCUAUGUCGUCUCCUCACGAAGCGCAUAAGAAAGAACACAGACCACACCAUUCACUCCUUACUGCACGAUGGAGUAACGUAUAAUGACCAAAGCGUCAUAUGUGAACUAUUAAGUGAAUGGUUUUCUCACAAUGGGAAUACAUCUGAUGCUCCAGACAUCGACAUAAAGUGCACCGGCAAAAACGAUCUUAGUACCAUAAACUUCGACAUUAGGAGUAUACAUACCGCCAUUAAAAACCUUAAGUCAAAUGCGAGUUCUGGUGCCGAUGACAUCCCUUCAAUCGUUUAUAAAAUGUCAGGACCGGACAUACAGACGCUACUACUCAAAAUGUACACAUUAUCUUUAGAGACAGGUACAUAUCCGGAAACCUGGAAGGUAACGUAUGUUCUUCCCAAACACAAAUCCGGACCAAGAAACCUGGUUGAAAACUACAGACCUAUAAAUAUCACUCCAGUCAUAUCACGCAUAAUGGAAAAAGUGAUACAAAAUCAACUAUCUGAUCACCUGCUCAAGGAAGAUCUGAUAGACCCGUCACAACAUGGCUUCAUUAGAACAAGGUCGUGCAGUACAUGCCUGAUAGAAUUCUUCAACGAGGUUACUCGUAUACGUGACCAGAAGAAACUAGUUAUUAUACUAUACUUCGACAUUAAGAAAGCCUUUGAUAAGGUACCUCAUAAUCUUCUAAUCAACAGACUUAAGUCAGUUGGAAUUAUAAAUCCCCUUUUGCAAUGGAUCAAGUCUUUUCUUACGAACAGAUAUCAAAUAACCAAGAUUAACUCUAAUACAUCUACACCUCGACCUAUAACCAGUGGUGUUGUGCAGGGUAGUGUCUUGGGUCCAUUGCACUUUAUAAUCUACAUCAACAAUAUAUGCAAGUGUUUUAGCACAGGUAAGACCUACCUCUAUGCCGAUGACUUAAAAGUCAUCUAUAAAACUGACAUUUCCGAUUUACGCAGUACUAUGGAAACAAUCCAACGUGAACUCAACAUGGUAAACGACUGGUGCAAACGCUGGAGGUUAGAGCUCAACACAGAGAAAUGCGGCUGGUUAUGUAUAGGAGACACAUCUCUCAAAACGAAACUAACACUUAGCAAUCACACACUGCCCAGACUGGCAUCAGUAACUGACCUAGGGGUACACUACUCACACAGUCCUAAUUUCUCUGAACACAUCUCAGCCAAAGCAUCCAAAAUGCGGAAAUUGCUUGGCUUCAUUCUCCGUAAUUUCUAUCAAAAUGAAUCUAAAAUCCUUCUUUACAAAGUUUGUGUAAGACCUAUCGCUGAAUACUGCUCGUUCUUAUUUUCCAACCUACGCGUAUCUUAUAUACUAAAGGUGGAAGGAAUACAACGAGACUUCACUCGCAAGGUACUUAAGACUGACUUGGUCAUUGACUACAGUUCCCGAUGCCAAAUCUUAGGAAUAGCACCCCUUUGGAAGAGAAGGCUUAGGUCUAAUUUGAUUCUCUACUUCAAACUACUCAAAAACCUUACUUAUUCAACGUGUAAGAUAAUUCUUGCCCGAGAUUCACAUGAAUACGGACUUCGAAACAAAGUAUCUACGGUCAAAGUUGAGAAAUACAGAUCAAAAACUCGGGAAAACUUCUUCCUCACCAAGUAUGCAAUAAUAUGGAACAGUCUUCCCUCCGAAACUCGCAUGGCAGAUGAAUUACAUACGUUUGUGAAACUGCUUGAUCAAGCCCUCACUUGCACUGAUCUUGCACGUACGAACACAUAUGCGCCCCACUCAGACAUCAUAGGCUCUCUCCAUGUCUAGACCAAAAUGGACUUCAAGUUCAGUUUACCUUAUUUUUCCUACUUUGCAGUUGUAUUAAUUACUUUUUCCACCCCAUUUCUUCACUUGAAGUAGACAGGUAACUCAAUGGACCUAUCAUUACUGUUAAAAUAAACUCGGUCGAUAAGGGACACUCACUACCACCCUAAAACGUCAAGAGGACCGCACAAUCGGCUGCCUACUACUAGUGGUCUUGCAUCUAUGGAGCCUGUUAUCAAUCAACUGGUUAGGACAACAGAAAAUAACAUCAGCACCAAGUUACUAAUCUUGCUCUGAGAGCACAGCUAUGAAACUUCUGACGUUUGGCACAAACUUGAUGUACGCGUCCUCUCAAGGUCAUAGUUUACAGCAAGCGCUCUACGAUUUAUCUUUAUAACAACUAUAAACUUAAUAAGUUGGGAAACAUUUUGUGAACCAACAAAUGUUGUAAUUUAUAGAUCAUGCCUGUAAAAACGGUGUGUACCUGCACAUGCA